UCAAGGCUAGGUCAGUAAAUCGUCGUGGGAAGACGGAAAAGUAAUCAAUGUACUAUGGACGCCUUAUGUUGAUAACACAGUAUUGCAAUACAUUAAACAACACGAAUUUUAAGGAAAGACAUAAAUGAAACCUAUCAGUUAAAUCAAUUUGUCUUGUACUUUGAGGCAAAACUACAGAAAUAAUAUAGCAUCCAUGAUAAAACGGAUAUCUCUUAAUUAUCAAGCCACUUAUGUGUGACGUAAGCAAUUCAACAUAGGUUGCCGACAUUUGCCAGUUUGCUAUUAAUAACUCAUUGACACUUCAAUUUUCUAUCGCAAAGUAUCGUGGUUUGAUGUUCCCUUUACAAGACACAAGAAGAUUUUUAAAGACCCGCGUCUUGCUAAAAUGGGUCUUAUGCAAUAUACUACCAGCGUAGCUCCAGCCCAGCCUAGGCAUCCGCGCAGUCUUGUGAAGAUGAUACUGGUAACUGUCAUGAUUGCUGGGUUCGUGUGUUGCGCCUUCACCUUGAACCAGCGUUCCUCUGGAACUGGUCAUGUGUUUGAUGACAGCCCCCUGGCUCGGGCGAUGUUUCGGAAGGCAGCCAGAGACCAGAACGAGUAUAUUACGUACGGGGAGUUCCAGAACGUGUUCCGUUCCUAUGACAACAACACUGACUGGAAGGUUACAGAAGGAGAAUUUGUGGUCCAGUGGGUGAAAAUAUCCACAUAAUAUUGAUUUGAACCUUGUUCAAUGGCUUGACCGCGUCUGUUUCAUAACGAUGUAACGUUUCGUUAGGCGAAAAAAUAAAUGAAUCUUCUUUA